UCAUAAUAGUGAAGCUGUGUAUUCAUACUGUGGAUCUCUCAUUGCUCCUUAUCAGAAAACAUGCAUCGGAACUUCCUUAGAUGAAAAAUGAAAUCAGUGAAGUAUUCACUUCGUUUUGGGGGCUGCAUAUUUUAUGCAUGUAAAUAUUUCAUGCACAACACACAUGUAUAGUAGUUUUGAGUUAAAAUGGUCACAUGGGCGAUGUCAGUAGUCACAUUCAUCCCUCAAUACAGAAUACAAACCUGACAAGGUCACCGCUGGUAUUAAACAAGAUGGUAUACAGUUCUUAUAUCUAGUAUCUUUCAAUUAUCGCCACGGGUCUCAAAUCUUCAUAACAUGGAAAAAGCUAAAAACAUGGACAAGUAAAACCUGUCUUUAUGCAGAUACACUGCUGUUCAAAUGUUUAGGGUCCUCUUGCUCAUGAAAUCAUGCUCAUGAAAACCUGCACAACAAAGGACUUGUAAUACCAAUGACAGUCUCUGAUUUUAAGCGAUCUGUUACUUUAAGCUCGCGUGCGCCCCUCCCUCCCGUCCUGCUGUAGGAAACAAGCGCGCGGCUGGACUGUCUCUCUGGGACAGAGCAGCUCCAUUAAACACGCUCUCAGCCUUUAUUGAAAUGUAGUUUUUAACUGCAAACUUUCUAACAAUUGUUUCUUUUUUUACAAAACAGUUCAUUUUUAAAGCGCAGUGGAAUGCGUUCACAGUGAUUUUAGUUAGUCAUUAUCAAAUACUUUUCCUUCAACAUGACGUUGGCAGUCAUUGUUUAUUUCACGCUGUUUGCCAACAUCAUCGCCAGCACCCCUGCAAAAAACUUUGUAUCUCUGGCGGAGAGAGAAGAUGCUCUGCUAAGGGACUUGUUUCAGGGAUACCAGCGCUGGGUCAGGCCUGUUCUGCAUGCAAACCACACUGUUAAAGUCCGCUUUGGCUUGAAGAUAUCUCAGCUCGUGGAUGUGGAUGAGAAAAAUCAACUUAUGACCACUAAUGUGUGGCUUUGGCAGGAAUGGAUCGAUUAUAAACUGCGUUGGAACCCUGAGAAUUAUGGUGGUAUCACAUUUAUCAGAGUACCCUCGGAGAGCAUCUGGCUUCCCGAUAUUGUUUUAUAUGAGAAUGCUGAUGGACGUUUUGAAGGCUCGCUUAUGACCAAAGUCAUCGUGCGGUAUAAUGGUCUGAUCACCUGGACACCCCCCGCCAGCUACAAGUCAGCUUGCACCAUGGACGUCACGUUCUUCCCCUUUGAUCGUCAAAACUGCUCUAUGAAGUUUGGUUCCUGGACGUAUGAUGGAAACAUGGUUGAUCUCGUCUUAGUCAACCAGCAGGUGGACCGAAGCGACUUCUUUGAUAACGGCGAAUGGGAGAUUCUCAGUGCAACUGGUGUCAAAGGCAGCCGACAGGACGUCCAUCUUUCCUACACCUACAUCACGUAUUAUUUCAUCCUGAAACGUCUUCCUCUCUUCUACACCCUCUUUCUCAUUAUUCCCUGCUUGGGCUUGUCUUUCCUCACAGUGCUGGUUUUCUACCUUCCUUCUGAUGAAGGAGAGAAAGUUUCUCUCUCCACCUCUGUCCUUGUGUCCCUCACUGUCUUCCUCCUGGUCAUCGAGGAGAUCAUUCCUUCUUCAUCCAAAGUCAUCCCAUUGAUUGGAGAGUACUUGCUCUUUAUCAUGAUCUUCGUCACCCUCUCUAUCAUUGUCACUGUGUUUGUUAUAAAUGUACACCAUCGUUCCUCAGCUACAUAUCAUCCCAUGUCUCCAUGGGUGCGUUCCCUGUUCCUGCAGAAACUGCCGCAUUUGCUGUGCAUGAGGGGAAACACGGAUCGCUAUCACUACCCCGAGCUGGAGCCCCAUGGCCCUGAUCUCAAGCCCCGAAGCAAGAAAGGGCCACCUGGCCCUGACGGAGAGGGUCAAGCUUUGAUCAAUAUGCUCGAGCAAGCUACCAACUCUGUUCACUACAUCUCACGGCAUAUUAGAAAGGAGCAUUUCAUUAGAGAGGUCGUACAGGACUGGAAGUUUGUGGCACAGGUCUUGGACAGAAUCUUUCUCUGGGCAUUCCUUACCGUGUCUGUGCUGGGCACCAUCCUCAUCUUCACACCUGCCUUGAAGAUGUUCCUGCGCUCCUCUCCUCCUCCUUCCCCAUGAGACACUUGGCAAAUUUCACCCAAAUCUCUAAUCACAGGCAACCUCACAUCAUGCAAGAAAACUAUUACUGUCCUUUUACCAAUAUUACAUUCAGAGAAACACAGGUCACCAAUACACCAAUACAGUGAACAACACAAAGUGGAGGAAAAGUGUUUUUUCAUUGCGUCACAUAUAGGAUUACAAAGUGAGUUGUUUAAAAUGUAAUAAGUCGCUGCUUUCCUUCUGAAAGCUCGUAUCUCCAUAUUUCGUGGUUUUUAUUUUUUGCCGUAGAUCGUUAUUAUUGGUCACCCUUUAUGUUUGUAUUUUGCAAAUAUCUAACCAAUAAAAAGUAUUAAAAAGUGCUUGUCAACUUUGACAACACAGUGUUUAAUCACUUAAAAAGCAGUGGUUUUUUUUCAUUUCCUAAAAAACGGAAAUUGGAGAAAUCUGAGGUUUUGGAAGGACAGCGACGAUAUUGUGGCUCAUACCGUCAAUUCACAUUAUCAAAUAAGUAUUUGAAAAUAAUCCAAAUCGUUUCUUGUGUUUAAUAAAACAUGUUUUAUUUCUAGAACAUUUUGUUA